ACAUGUAAUGCCAACCAAGAACAUAGAAAUUCUAUCCGCUGUCCUGUCUGGCUCCCACUUCCAAUCAUAGUGUUCAGACACUAUGUUUGUGUGGUGAUGCCUUAAAAACCCUGUUAAAACCUCAAGCACCGAACUUCUCACUCAAAACCUUCCUCCUUCCCCACUCAUUCUUCUCAACAUGUCUCUGCCACACAGAUCUUUAGAGGCCACCUUUCUUGCUUUUGUUCUUCUUUCUUUCUCACUGGCUGCUGCUGCUGCAGCAGCAUAUUCUUCUAUUCAUGAGCUUCUCCGAAGCCAUGGCCUACCAGCCGGGCUCUUCCCAGAGAGUGUAAAGUCAUACAAUUUGGACCAAAGGGGUCGUUUGGAGGUGAACCUGGAUGCUCCUUGCCUCGCCAAGUACGAAACGAGAGUGCUCUUUGAAACGGUGGUUCGAGCUAAUCUUAGUUUUGGUCAGCUCAAGGGUUUGGAGGGUCUUUCUCAGGAAGAGCUUUUCCUAUGGUUGCCUGUGAAGGAUAUCAUCGUCAACGAUCCAUCUUCUGGUCUCAUUCUCAUUGAUAUUGGUCUUGCACAUAAACAGCUCUCUCUUUCUCUCUUUGAAGAUCCCCCAGUUUGUAGAUCCCAAGGUCUUUCACUAAAUAUUGGGGGAAGGAAGAGCAUUGGAUUUCAAGAUCAGAGAUGAAGGAUUGCUUGUUUAUCUGAAAAAAGAUGGUUUCUUCUUUCCUCUUUACAAUUUUGUUUUGUUUUUCCCUUCUUUUUUUCCUUUACAAAUAAAUAUAUGGUGCAAUGUGCAUAGAUCCUGAGAGUUGUGAUUAUUAAAUUAGAAAUCAGUCAACGGAAAAAAGAGAAACUGAUAGGCGGUGUUUAUUGUAAAAAAUCUUUAUGCAAUUUUGUUUGCCGCAAUUUUUCUUCUUCUAAUGUGCAAGAAAAGUUUUUUGA